UAUCUCUAUUUAUUAAGAUUUUGUUUUAAUUUUUGCUGACCAAUUACAUUGAAAUUCCAAUAUUUACCAGAUAGAAAGAAUAAUCCACAAUGGGUGAGAGGAAGGGUCAAAACCUGUACUAUCCCCCCGACUAUGAUCCUAAAGUCGGGGGGUUGAACAAAUUCAUGGGCACCCAUGCCCUCCGGGAGAGAGCCAGGAAGCUCCACAUGGGUAUACUCAUCAUUCGGUUCGAAAUGCCCUACAACAUCUGGUGCGAAGGCUGCAAGAACCACAUAGGUAUGGGUGUGAGGUACAACGCAGAGAAGACCAAAAUCGGCAUGUAUUAUAGCACUCCAGUGUACCAGUUUAGGAUGAAAUGCCACUUGUGUGAUAAUCACUUUGAGAUAAAAACAGAUCCAGCUAAUUUAGACUAUGUAAUAGUAUCAGGUGCAAGAAGACAAGAGAAUAGAUGGGAUCCAACAGAUAAUGGGCAGAUUGUUCCCGAGACAAAGGAAACUCAGAAGCGCCUAUUUGAUGAUGCUAUGUUCAAACUUGAGCACAAAACAGGCGAUGAGGAUGCCAGUAAAUUAGAGAAACCUCGGCUGAACAGACUUGUGGGUAGAAAUGAGAGUGUAUGGAAAGAUGAUUAUGAAGCUAACUGUGCUUUGAGAAGAAAUUUUAGGAAAAGGAGGAAAGAACUAGAAGAAUCUGCAGUCAAUGACAGUUUACUUUUAGCCAAGUCUUCCCUAGACAUAAACUUGUUACCGGAAUCUGAAGAAGACAGAGACAUGGCUUCUCUAUUAGCUCUAAAACCUGCCAACAGUAUAGAGGAGAUACAGAAGUUCACAAGAAACAAAAUCAUAAACAGUCCAGUGUUGCCGAGUAGCAGCAGCUUGCUGACUAGUUUUGGUGGACUCAAGAAGGAAGAAUCACUUAGUAAAAGCAUACCACUUACACGAAAUUCAUUGGGCAUUACUAUAAAAAAUAAAAUUCAAAAUAAAGAUACAACUAAAACAAAAGAAGAUAAAACUAAUGAUGAAAAGAAUGCCAAGUCACAUAAUGAUGAAAUAAGUAAAAAAGUUUUAGAUAAAAAUGAUAAAGUUAUUGUAAAUAUUAAUGACAAUGAAAAAUGCACUAUUAAUAAUGAAAUAGUAAAUGAUUCUCAUAGAAAUAGUAUAACAAAUGAUGUUAAUAAAAGUCAUACUGAAGUGGGGAAUGUGUCAAAUGUUAAACCCUUUUCACUUGUUGGUGAUUACAGUUCUAGUGAAGAAAAUUCUGAAUAGAAAAUAAGUUAUGAUGAUUAAUUAUUGCUGACAAAAUAUAACCAUGAACAAUAUAAUGUCAACUAUAUCCAUGGGUGUAUCCAGGAUUCCAGCUAGGGGGGGCACAGCUCAUACCAGCUUUGAGAAGAAGGUUGGCCUGGUAUAUUGAAACAAAAAAUCAUGAAAAUUGACUUCUAUUAAUCUGACUAAAAAGAUAUUUUGUUUCCAACAUUUCAUUUUGCGCUGAGUUGGUAACACAUUUAUUUCCGCUUGCCAGGAAAAUUGAUGUUUAUUUCAUCUUCUAGGGGGAGGGCAGCUGCCCCUACCUGGGUAAGCCCAUGUCUAUAUCUAUAAAUAUA